AUGGAUGAUCAAGCAUGGUAUUUGAGAACUUCAAAGCUGGCUCUGGCUGUGGCCAUUAUCCGCUCAAAACCAGCAGACAAAAGCAGCAGAGAAUACACAGAGCACCUUGCCAAGGUGGUGUCUGAGCAGGAGUCAACGUGGAGAUCAAAAGUCGAAGCCUUGGAAACUGAAGUUCUGCAAUUACGUCAAAAACUUCUUCUGAGCAGGAUGUGUUCAGGAUUGCUUGAGACUGGAGACCCAUCUUCCCAAUUUCAAGCUCAGGAAUCUAGCAGUUCUGAAAAUACAUUUAAUCUGCUGGAAGAUUCUGGGUGUGAUUUAUCAAAUGAGCAGAGAAGUGAACCUUCAGAGAUGUCCCAGAAUUUUGUGGAGAGCUGCACCCCCACACCCCCUCUACCACUCCCCAUUGUGAGAAGACAUUGUGCCACUCUGGAAAACCCUCUGUCUUCCCACAUGCAAUUCUUGCAACAUCUACUUGAACUGAAGAACUUGACAGAAUCAGGGAGUCUGAAAACAGACUUAAGCCACUUUGAAAAUGACUUUUCCACAGUAUCUCAUUCUGUUUGUCAGUUGCUGGAUGGCCUGAUCACUUUUUACCGUAAACCCAAAUUUCCUUUUUCGAGCUUUUGGACAGAAGCUGUUGAUACUUUAGCUGGACUGAUCAGUGAUUGUAACUUAUCUAAUCGUAUUCUUAAAAAGUGUUCCAAGAAGUUGGAAGAAUUUGAGAAAACCCUACUACAGGUUAUUUUAAGGAGCAACCAUAUAAAUCGGUUUCAGGUGCAGCACCAUGUGUCUCAGAGUCUGGUAAUCCUGGGAAGUUGCAGCUUGUUGAGAAAAUCUAUAAUAUCUCAGCUUUUAUCAGAAGUAAACAGCUUCACUGACAUUCUGGGUACCAUCAAUCAGGUGCAAGCCAGUUAUGUGACACACUAUGAAAAUAUCUUCUCCCUGUUCUGGGUUCUGGAGCAGCUUCUUCAAAAGGAAACCAAAGAAGGCAACACUUCAGGUAUAGGGCCUGAAGACCAAGAAAUCCAGAAAUUUCUUCAAAAGCAUGAUGAAACUAUUUUCCAACUCUCUGAUGCAUUUCCUUUAUUUACCUUUUAUUUAUGGAGACUAGGCAUUCUCUUGAACUCAGUUGAAACUGUUGAAAAUAACUCACCUCCUUAG